GGUUCCCUUGGCCUGAAGGCAUUGGGGAUUAAGCGUGCAGGAGCCAGGCGAUCUCUUCAUGAUCCAUAUGAAGAAGGUGCUUUGGUACUUUACGAACCUCCACCUUUGAGUGCACAUGACCAACUAAAAGCUGACAAAGAGAAGCUUCCAGUACACGUGGUGGUUGAUCCUAUCUUGUCCUCUGUCUUAAGACCGCAUCAGAGAGAGGGUGUGAAGUUCAUGUGGGAUUGUGUGACAGGCCGUCGUAUUUCUGAUGGCUUUGGCUGCAUAAUGGCUGAUGAGAUGGGGCUGGGGAAGACAUUACAAUGCAUUUCCUUGAUGUGGACCCUCUUGCGUCAAAGUCCAGAUGCUAAGCCAGAAAUUGACAAAGUCAUUGUUGUGACUCCUUCCAGUUUGGUGAAAAACUGGUAUAAUGAGGUUGAGAAGUGGCUGGGAGGAAGGCUACAAGCAUUGUCUAUUGAUGGAGGCACUAAGACUGAAAUUGACCAGAAACUGGCCACAUUCAUGAACCAGCGUGGGUUGCGGAUUCCAACUCCAAUUCUUAUCAUUUCUUAUGAGACGUUCCGGCUACAUGCUGAUGUGCUUUGCAAGGGUGCUGUCGGCUUGGUCAUUUGUGAUGAGGGCCACAGGUUAAAGAAUUCAGACAACCAGACGUACCAGGCUCUGAACAAUCUAAAUGCUAAACGCCGUAUAUUGAUCUCAGGAACUCCAAUCCAGAAUGACCUCCUGGAGUACUUCAGUCUUGUACAUUUUGUUAAUGCAGGAAUACUUGGAACUGCACAGGAAUUUAAAAAGCGAUUUGAAUUGUCCAUCUUGAAGGGCCGGGAUGCAGCUGCAAGUGACAGUGAAAGACAGCAUGGAGAGGAGAAACUAAAAGAGCUGAUCAGCAUUGUGAAUAGGUGUUUAAUUCGAAGAACAUCAGAUAUUCUCUCCAAAUACCUGCCAGUGAAGAUUGAGCAGAUUGUCUGUUGCAGACUCACGCCUCUGCAGUCAGAGUUAUACAAGUUGUUCCUAAAACAAGCCAAACCAGCAUUAGAAGUGGAACAAGCUCACAGUGGGAAGAUGAGUGUCUCCUCUCUGUCUUCAAUUACUUCACUAAAGAAGCUUUGUAACCACCCAACACUGAUCUAUGAGAAAUGUGUGGAAGGUGAAGAAGGAUUUCAGGGAGCACUCGAUCUCUUUCCAUUGGGAUAUAGCACAAAAUCUGUGGAACCUCAGUUGUCUGGCAAGAUGCUCACCCUUGAUUAUAUUUUGGCCAUGACUCGAAGUACUAGCUCUGAUAAGGUGGUGCUGGUAUCAAACUACACUCAGACUCUUGAUUUGUUUGAGAAGCUCUGCAGAGACAGAAAAUACCUGUAUGUUAGAUUGGAUGGUACCAUGACAGUAAAAAAGAGGGCCAAAAUUGUGGAACGUUUUAAUAAUCCCACAAAUCCUGAAUUUAUCUUCAUGCUGAGUAGCAAAGCUGGUGGUUGUGGCUUGAAUCUGAUUGGUGCAAACCGGUUAGUCAUGUUUGAUCCUGACUGGAAUCCGGCUAAUGAUGAACAAGCAAUGGCUCGUAUAUGGCGAGAUGGACAGAAGAAAAUGUGCUACAUCUACAGGCUUUUGUCGACGGGGACAAUUGAGGAGAAGAUCUUCCAGCGUCAGACUCAUAAAAAGGCUCUGAGUAGCUGUGUAGUGGAUGAGGAGCAAGAUGUUGAACGACAUUUCUCCCUUGGAGAACUUAAGGAGCUCUUUACUCUAAAUGAGACCACAGCCAGUGAUACGCAUGAUAGGUUGAAAUGUCGCCGUUGUGUAAAUGGACACCAGGUGCGCGGUCCUCCAGAGGGCUCCGAUUGUACUUCAGAUCUUUCUCAGUGGAAUCACUGUGCAGAUAAACGUGGACUACGAGACAUGGUCCUUCAGUCUGCUUGGGAUGCUGCAGUUUCCUUUGUGUUUCAUCACCACUCACAUGAGCAACAGCAUGGAGUUAUCUAAAAUGGACAAUUGCAGAUACAAAAUUGUAGUGAAAAAUGACUUGUUAAUCAACCGUGCAUGAAAUGAAUUUCAUGCCUGCCAAGUCUAAUUGAAAUACAGAUUUGACAGUACUGUGCUUUCAGUGGAGAACCUGGAAUGUGAAUGAGCAUUAGCAGGCUUCUCGAUCCACCUUGACUUCAACUGAUAUUUGUAAAUUGAAGCACCACUGCUUUGUUUUUGUGGUUAAAAUAUUCACUCCUGCAAAUGCUCUUGGAUGUUGUUUAUUUUCAUUUAAAAUAUUACUGAGACUUCUCCCUGUAAUAGAAUGUGAAGCACUGGACAGCAUAUUACGCAGAGGAGAUUUACAAUCUAUUCUGUGAAUGGGGAAGAGUGUUUUUUCAAUUGUUUUUGUAAAUAUUGCUUAAGGCAUUGUUAAGUUUUGACAUACAGAGAAAAUCAGUGGCACUCAAGUGUGGAAUACAGUAUAUUCAGUUUCCCUUUGAGAUAAUUCUGAUUUGACAAUUAAGUCAAUUUGAGUAUCUAAUACCGUCUUUCCUGACUGUCACCUUUGUCCUCAAAAAGCCAGUUUACAUUAAUUCUAUAACCCGUAAAGAUGAUGCAUCUAUAAAUCUGUCAAUUUAAGUAGUUCUGUGCAACGAUAGAUGAUAUAUGUGUUACUGAGAAAUAUUGGUCUCUGGAAAAUGUACAUUAUCGUUGUUCAGUAGUAAAUAUUUUCUUCAUUUUGUUUUAA